UGGCACACGGUACAUAUUUUCCUGCUGGAUUACUUCAGCUCACUGUUCAUUCUCAGGUUUUUCUCUCUCCUGUAAUUAACCAUCAUAUGUCAUAACGCAUGUUCUGAAGAUGGAGAGAAAUAUCAGCAAAAUACUUGACAUAUCGUGGAGAUUCGGAGUGACCGCAGCAAGUAACGAUUCCAACAAUGUCGCAAAAUCAUUUCUACAACUUAAGUUAUGUCUUGAUGAUGAUGGUAAAAUCAAGAAUGUAUUUAUUGAGAUGACAAUAGGGCAGUUUUACAAAUUUCUACAUGAUUUGGAAAAGGCAAAAUGUAAUCUUGAUUUGUUAUUGUGAACAAAUUAUACAUGCAUAUUAAAAUAAUAUUCUAUGUAGAUGUUACCCGUAUUAAGAUAUAUAUUUACAACUCAAACAAUUGUUUUUUG